UGCCAGGUUGCAAGAGCUUCACACUGCAGCUCUGUCCGGCCAGCGGCAGAGGGGAUGUCCUACUAACUCCACCAAAACUUUCUAGAAACUCAGUCAACAGAAAAAACACUGACUGACAAAAGUGUCGCAACUCGCCUCACUCCUGUUUUAAUGAAACUUUAACUACUUUAUGUGUGUUUUUUUUUUUGUUGGUCUUUUUUUAACUAAAACAGAGGCAGUCUGCACAUCCACUUUGAUAACUCCUGAAUGAGCCGGGUCACGUUUGCGUAGAGCUUUUUCCCCCCUUUUAUUUUAAUUUUUUUACGUUGGGAUAAAGCUUUUCUUUAUCAUUUAAGACUCGUGAUGGCUGUCCUGUCACUAGCGCUACUACUUGUAGGAUUUGUAUUGACUUCAGCUGACAAGGCUGGUGAAGUAGAUAGAGAGGACCAGCUGAGGAGCCGGCUGAAGGAAUACGGCCUCGUCACUCCCUUCAGCACCGACUCUCAUGGACACUACCUAUCACACCUGCUCUCUGCCACUCACAAGCAGCGCGUCAAGAGGGAGGUGUUUUCUUCUGGUGAAUCCGAACAGAAACUUUUCUUCAACAUCUCCGCCUUUGGGAAGGAGUUUCACCUUCGUCUGCGCCCAAACAACAGGUUGGUGGCUCCAGGUGCGAUGGUGGAGUGGCACGAUGAGGUCCAAGGCUUUGGGAACGUCAGCGACAGCGCUGAAGAUGCCAGUACAGGCGUCAACCAGACUGAACCCACCAGCGGGACAGAGAGGAUACUGCAUCGUGAGCUGCUAAAGACAGACUGCACCUUUAUCGGUGACAUCACAGACGUCCCUGGGGCUGCGGUUGCCAUUAACAACUGUGACGGACUGGCUGGGAUGAUCCGCACUGACUCAGAUGAGUACUUCAUCGAGCCGUUGGAGAGAGGCGCUCAGGAGCUGGAGGACCAGGGCAGGGUCCACGUGGUUUACCGCAGGUCGGCUCUGCUGCAGACCCCAUCCGACAUUUCUGUGGACUACCAGAUACAAGAACCAGAUCUGGAUGUACCCGGGACUCUCGACUCUGUGGCCCGGCAGGUCAAUGAGACUGUCCGCCACCGUCGCCGCCGAGACGCCGGAGAGGACGACUACAACAUUGAAAUCCUGCUGGGAGUUGAUGACUCGGUGGUUCGAUUUCACGGCAAGGAGCACGUGCAGAACUACCUCCUCACUCUCAUGAAUAUCGUGAACGAGAUUUACCAUGACGAGUCACUGGGAGUCCACAUCAACGUGGUCCUGGUGAGGAUGAUCAUGCUGGGGUAUGCCAAGUCCAUCAGCCUCAUUGAAAGAGGCAACCCAUCACGGAGCCUGGAGAAUGUGUGCCGCUGGGCGUUUGUGCAACAGAAAGGCGAUCCUGAUCAUGCCGAACACCACGACCACGCAAUUUUCCUCACUCGCCAAGGUUUCGGCCCCACUGGGAUGCAGGGUUAUGCUCCAGUCACAGGAAUGUGCCACCCAGUCCGGAGCUGCACCCUCAACCAUGAAGACGGCUUCUCCUCAGCCUUCGUUGUGGCUCACGAGACUGGACAUGUAUUGGGCAUGGAGCACGACGGCCAAGGCAACCGCUGUGGGGACGAAACGGCAAUGGGAAGCGUGAUGGCUCCUCUGGUGCAGGCGGCCUUCCAUCGAUACCAUUGGUCCAUGUGCAGCGGACAGGAGCUGAAGAGAUACAUCCACACGUAUGACUGUCUGCUGGAUGACCCCUUCAAACACGAUUGGCCGCAGCUUCCUGAACUUCCUGGCAUCAACUACUCGAUGGAUGAGCAGUGUCGGUUUGACUUUGGAGUGGGCUAUAAGAUCUGCACUUCAUUUCGUACAUUUGACCCAUGUAAACAGCUGUGGUGCAGUCACCCGGACAACCCUUACUUCUGCAAAACCAAGAAGGGGCCUCCUCUCGAUGGGACGGAGUGCGCUCCUGGAAAGUGGUGCUACAAAGGUCACUGCAUGUGGAAAAACCCUAAUCAGGUCAAGCAAGACGGCACCUGGGGCUCCUGGAGCAAAUAUGGCUCCUGCUCGCGCUCCUGUGGAACUGGAGUUCGCUUCCGCACACGUCAGUGCAACAACCCAGCGCCCUCCAAUGGCGGCCAGGACUGCCCAGGAAUAAACUACGAGUUUCAGCUGUGCAACACUGACGACUGCCCCAAGCACUUCGAAGAUUUCCGAGCCCAGCAGUGCCAGCUCCGCAACUCCCACUUUGAGUUUCAAAAUGCCAAACACCAUUGGCUGCCCUACGAGCAUCCUGACACCAACAAGAGAUGCCACUUGUACUGCCAGUCAAAGGAGACAUUAGACGUGGCGUACAUGAAGCAGUUGGUGCACGAUGGGACACGAUGCUCCUACAAAGAUGCCUACAGUAUCUGUGUGCGUGGAGAAUGUGUGAAAGUUGGCUGUGACAGAGAGAUUGGCUCCAUCAAAGUUGAGGACAAAUGUGGCGUUUGUGGUGGGGAUAAUUCCCACUGCCGCACAGUUAAAGGAACCUUCACCCGAACACCAAAGAAAGCUGGUUACCUUAAGAUGUUUCUCAUUCCUCCUGGAGCUAGACAUGUGAUCAUCCAAGAACAUGAGGCCUCCCCUCAAAUUCUUGCAAUCAAGAACCAGGCAACGGGGCAUUACAUUCUCAAUGGAAAAGGAGAGGAGGUCAAGUCCAGAAGCUUCAUUGACUUGGGCGUGGAGUGGCACUACAUUAUGGAGGACGACGUGGAGACGCUGCACACUGACGGACCUCUUCAUGACCCCGUGGUGGUUCUGAUUAUACCCAAGGACAAUGAAACACGGUCUACUUUAAUGUAUAAAUACAUUAUCCAUGAAGAUUCAGUGCCUGUCAACAACAACAAUGUCAUCCAGGAGGACACGUAUGAGUGGGCUCUGAAGAGCUGGUCUCCUUGUUCCAAGCCUUGUGCAGGAGGGUUUCAGUAUACCAAAUAUGGCUGCCGAAAGAAAGGAGACACCAAGAUGGUCCAUCGAGGUUACUGCGACGCCAGCAAGAAGCCAAAGCCCAUCCGCAGGAUGUGUAACCUUCAGGACUGCACGCAGCCUCAAUGGAUCUCAGAGGAAUGGGAGCAUUGUACCAAAACCUGUAGCAGCCUGGGCUUUCAGAUCCGGACCGUUCGCUGCGUGCAGUCCCUCCACGAAGGCACCAACCGCUCUGUCCACAGCAAGUACUGCAGCGGGGAGAAGCCAGAGAGCCGGAGGCCCUGUAACAGAGUCCCAUGUCCUGCCCAGUGGAGGACCGGAGCGUGGUCAGAGUGCUCUGUGACCUGUGGAGAGGGGAUGGAGAGGCGUCUGGUCACUUGCCGGAUUGGAGAUCAAUGUAAUGGAGAAAAACCUGAAACUGUGAGACCAUGCAGAACGGGACCCUGCCAUGAUGAGCCCUGUAAUGGCGACAAAUCCAUCUUCUGCCAAAUGGAGGUUCUAGCGCGAUACUGCUCUAUUCCAGGCUACAACAAACUGUGCUGUGACUCCUGCAGCAAGCGCAUUGGAGCUCUGUCUCUGUUCUCAGAGGCGGCUGAGACGGAGGAGCACGGCCGCUUUGGAUCAGCCUCCCAGCUGCUAGAGACAUUAACAGCCUCUGUAGCGGCCAACAACACUCGCAGUGGUAAACAAGGCUCAGGCAGAGGAUCCACCACAUCAGGCAAUGCUGCGAAACACGUCACCACCCCUGACCCGCUUAAGAAAACCCAAUCAAAGAUCACUACAGCACCAAGGCGGGUUCCACGACACAUGGGUCUCACUGGCAGGAAGCUGCCCGCUAUGGCACCAUCCCCACUGGCAGAUCAUACUGAGUGUCAAAGGUCGAGCAGCUUGACAGAUAGUGGGUGGCCUACAGCAUAUUCUGAAGUGGAGAGAUGAAAGUGACGCCCUUCCCCUUCAGAACUCUUAAUGUACAGUAGAUAAUCCAGCUUCAUCCUGAGUCUUCUCACGCCAAAAACACCACAGACAGAGAAACAGAGAGAGAGAAAGAAAAGUGCUGGUUCACUUUGUUGUCAAGAAUUUCCCUUUUGACCCUGAUAUUGACUUCAAAUAUGACUGACGUUUUACAGAGAGUAUUCGGACUUAAACAGCUGUGUUGCUUUACUUUCAUACUUUAUAUUGAGAGGAGAAAAAAUUACAAUAAUUUCAAGGUAAAGGGGCAUAUGGUCCGAAGGGAAUUUUCAUCCGUGUCAAAUGAAAAGCUUAAUAAAACACAGCUUCGUAGUUCAUAGUGAAUAACUUUAGUGAUACAAAAUAGUCAAAGGACAGAUUAAUAUUCAAAAGAAGCAUCUGUUCUGCUAUACUGGCUCCAAACUUUUAACAUCUCAGUAUUACAAAGAAAUAGUUGCUUAAAUCCAACCAAACUCUUGAUUUUUUUGACCCAACAAGUAUUCUUUGAAUUCACCUACAGUGUCACAACUGAGGUGAGAGGUGCAGAAAGGUGUCUGCAUUUCCCCUCUGAUUGGUCUUUUCUCUGGUCUUGUCAUUUAGUGUGUGUCUGCAGAGCGUUGCAGCGGGUCCUCCAGCAAACGCUCAGCAGACGGCGAGAGAGAAAAUGUCAACAGGUGCAGUCAUUACAGCUGACUCAAUUUGUGAAAAUUCACAAAAAUAGAUACAGGAAUUGGUGCAGAAAUACAGGUUGCACUUCAUGCCACAACACAACUUGAGCUUAAAUAGUUACAUUCACCAUGUUGUUAAUCUUUAGGUGACUCCAAGAUGCUUUGCGUUUGAUUAACAGCCUCGCUUAAACGGCAUGUGACAACUAAUAAAACACCUCCUUGUCAGAUCUCUAGACUGUCACCUUUGACCUGGAUGGGAAGUUUAGUGUGCUAUGAAUUUGAAGUGGAAGUUGAUGGACAAAAAGUUCUAAAACAGAUCAUUUGAUUCAGCUGAAAAUCCCCUUUUACUUGAAUGUUACAAACUGCCAUUUUUCUUGCCAAAUGUGUAUGAAACUUGACUUACAGAGAACUGUUCCAGUACUUGAGGAGUCACUGCAUAUACAAAAUCAAACACCGGACUUUAUAUGGCCGCAUAUGGAAAGUGGCCAGAGAUGAACCAGUGAAAACCAUAAGGAAAAUGGUUUUAGUUGUAUAGAUUUUUUUUUAUAUCCAGCAAUCUCCUUUAAAUGGCGCUCUACAGUUUCUAUGGAAAUGGGUAUUUAUAAAGGUUCCUGUAAAUACUGUACAUGAAAAUAUCAGUAUUAUUUUAAGAAGCUGAGGAUACUUUCAAACACCCUUUUAAUCAAUCAAGUCAAUUUUAUUUAUAUAGCCCAAUAUCAUGAAUCACAAAUUUGCCUCAAGGGGCUGUACAAUCUGUACAGCAUCCUCAGACCCUCGAUUCGGAUAACCCCUUUAACCAGGGAAAAAGUGGAAGAAACCUCAGGGAGAGCAACAGAGGGAUCCCUCUCCCAGGAUGGACAGACAUGCAAUAGAAGUUGUGUGUACUGAAUAGACCAACGUAAAAUUACAGUAUGGACAAUCAGGAUGACAAAAUGAUAGAUAGUCAUAGUCAAACAUAUAUGAAGAAUGGAUCUGGGAGGACGUCAAGCAACUUCAGGUGCUGCCAAACAGACCUAAGCCACACGACCUCCUGUCCACCAUGGAGACCUGGAAAGAGGACAGACUACACAAACACACAAGAGGCAAAUUAGAAUAACAAAGAUUAUUCCUAAUGUUUACCUUUUUAGCAGCGGUGUUAAAUUGACACUCUAAAUGCUGGUGCAAGGUUCUCUGGGGGCGUUUUUAAAAGAAUAGUUCAACAUUUUGAGAAAUACGCUUUCAUACCACUGUCAUAUCUGUACGGUAAAUAUGAAGCUUCAGCCAGGAGAUGUUAGCUUAGCUUAGCAUAGCAUAAAAAUUGGAAGCAGGGGGGACUGCUAGCCUGGCUCUGUCCAAAGUUCAAAAGUAUGCCUACCAACAGCUCUAAUGCUCAGUAAUUAAUAUGUUAUAUCUCGUUUGUUUAAUCUGCACAAAACGAAACAUAAAGAUUUUGUUACCUUUGGACAGAGCCAGGCUAGCCAUUUCUCCUGGUUUCUAGUGGUUGUGCCGUCUCCUGGCUGUCAUUUCAUGUUUAACAUUACAGACAAGAGUGAUAUCGAUCUUCUCCUGUAACAUUUGGCAAGAAAGCAAGUAAGCACAUUUCCCAAAAUGUCCAAUUAUUCAUUGAAGAAGCAUCUUAUACACGUUGCUUCAUCCCAAUCUUUACCUGUUUCUGAAUCAGAUGUUUGAGUGGUGCUUGACCUUUUUGACUCUUUGUAUUUCCCUCCUUGUGAAAGUUUUUGCUCAGAAAGGUUGAAGUUGUUAGAUCAAAGAAGGGAACUAAGUAGGGAAAAUAUUUAACAAAUGUUCUCAAUACUGUAUAUUAUAUACAGCGGGCUCUUGUUAGCUUGAACUUCUUAAAGAAGUGAAAAUUUCACCAUGCAACUGAAAUGUGUUUUGAAAUUUUUACUUUGAUGUGACCAUGAAAGACUCAAACACUCAUCUUGAAAUGCUGUUUCAUGUUGGAUUUGCAGAUUAUUUUUAUAGUGACAUAUAUAUGCUAUCAAACUUACAAACACUUAAAGCUUCAUUAAGCGUUUUUUGACCACUAGGGAGCAGAAAGACUCCCAAACAAACUCACAGUACCACAGUCCAGAUGUACCUAUUCACCUAUGUUACUGUUAGCAAACAGUGGCAUAUUUACACAUCCAGCGGAAACAGAGCUAUCCCACUGAGUCAUGCUUCUGUCCACCUGAUGAAUGUAAGUCCAGUAUUAACUUUUGGUCUUUACCAACUCCUGAGAGAAAUAUGUCUCUUCAGCUGCUAGAUGUUCCACUUUCCUCACCAGCUACUUGUUUAUUUCAGCUCUCUGCUGUUUGGUGCUGGCUUACAUACACUCAGCUUUUUGAUUUAACUUGGGGAGUUGACGAGAGCCAAACCAAUGUGCUGUAAGUUGUGUAGUGUUGCAGAGUUGGGUGUUAACUCUCAGUGGGUUCAGAGGAAUGAGCAACCCUUUCACAUUACACACAGUCAUUUUAUCCAAUUUUAAUAUCAAAAAUCUCGCUUAAUGGAGCUUUAAACUCAUUACACUCUGUCACAUUCAGUCUGAACAAGGUUGUAUUGUACAUUUUGUGUUUGCAGGAACAAGGCCUCAUUGUAAGCACAAUAAGCUGGACUUUCAAAAAAGUUUUACUGAUUGUGGAACAUGUUUUUGUUUCCAAAGUAUUUCCUAAAUGGCUUUUUUACGGUGGAAGAAGGUUCAGGAGAGAGAAAGCUAUUUUUUAAAGGAUUUCCUCACAACCACCAUGCAUCUGACUGCAAUAGCAAAGACACAGUUUUGUGUUUUCAGCAAAGAAAUAGCUCGCAACUAUUCACACUCACUCCUGUGUGCCAAUGUAUAGUACAUGUAUAUAGCAUUGAGUACAUAAAUAUUUAUUGAAAGUUAAAGGGUUCUGCUUUGUUUUUACAGUAUGUGCGGUGCCAGCUGUUCAAUAAGCUGCAGCAGAAUAACCAUUGAAAACUGAUCACAUUCAUGACAACCUUAUUUUUUCAUCCAGAUUUUCAAAUUUGAAAUGGAUUUCUACUUUUUAACAUUGUGAUAGACUAGAAAUGACAUUGUUUUUUGCAAACAAUUAGAUGUAAAUAUACAUGCUCAAUUUUGAGAUGUUUUACUUGUCAGAAAGCUGUCUUUUCACAGCUGUUUUGUAGAAGUUGUUAACAGAGCUGUUACAUCACAGCGACAUGUACUGACCAGACAAAUGCUAUAUUUUUAACCAAUAAAACAUAGUGUAGUACCAGUAAAAUGGUUUUUAUGCUGUUUGUAGUUGUCAGUAUUGUCUAGCCAUUUUACAUUUUCCUCCCCUGUUCUUUUCACAUCCUUUACUUGCUGCCUAUAUAACAUUGCUGCUAAUGUUAUACAGAGCUUGUAUUGAUAAAUAGGGUAGUUGUAGAUGUUACAUUGACAAUCCCUGAGCCUCAGACAGAUAUUACUGCAUAGGAUUCUCCAUGUACUGUAUCAAUACCCCUGUGCUAUCCAAGCAUUGAAGUAUAUUGAUUGUCAUGACUGUCAGUCACUCUCUGCUCUAUUUGCUUUUCUAUGUAUUUGUGUAGAUUGAAGUGUACACUACUGAUGCUGUUUGUUGUAAUGGGGAGCACAUAGCAAUAAAAGACAAUUAACUACUCUCUCUA